UGGCUGACGAUUCGGAGGUGGCUGCGGGUUGACGAAAGGGAAAAGCACCACGGCGCCCUGUUUCGUUUCCGUUUACCCCCGUUCACCAGUAGAUCAACACGGGACGUGUCGUUUUCAUUCCCCUUAAUUUAAUGCACUUUUCCAUCCAGCCCUGCAAAACCAUGUUUAUAAUACUGGUUAAGUUUAAAAUAGACAGGACGGCAAUUCCUCUCUUUUUCUGAGAAUCGCAACUUGAACGCGUUUUCCUCGAAUCGUAGCACGUUGUAUCAAGUAUCAACGGCCAUUUUAGAUCUAGAACCGGAUCGCUUCCCCACUCAGAAUUGCUUCUGAAAUCCUCUACAAUACGCCUGAGUUUUCUGCAUUUAAUCUCACUUCUAUGCUUCCUUCACGUUGACGAUUAUAAUUUUUUGGUGUGGUGAACGACAUAGAUUUACAACCAUUUAUUGUUUGUGAUACACAAAGUUACGCGAAUUUCGAAUGGCAACCCAGAUUUAACUCUUGACUGUUCAGGAAAAUCCAUGAAUUAUUUCUUGUUGAUGAGACUUGAAACAGAGAGACAGAGAACCACAAUGGGACAAUCUAUUGUCCCUCUGGUCACUGUGGCCAUGAUCCUGGCCGGACUGCAUGAUGUCACAGCCCAGGGCGCCCCCUAUUCCCCGGCGGGUGACGUCAGAAACUGUCUGAGUGACACGUCGCGUGACGUCAACCGUUUCGAAGUCCUGCCUGGGUCAGGCUGGGACAACUUACGUAAUGAACAGGCUGGCAUGGUGGUGGCUCUCAACUACAGGAAGAACAGAUCAAGACAGACAUCAAGAACCACUCGUCAUACAGCGAGACGGCCCUCAAAGUCGCUGCCGGCUUCUCCUUCAGUACCAACAUUGGCUCGCUCUUCCUUGGCGCCUCGCAGGCCACAGUGGAUGCCAAAAGCUUCGCUGCUUACUACCUGGACAACAGGACCGACUCCCUGGUCAGGGCCAUGGGCGGGAAUAUUGUCAACAACUGGUGGAUAUGGUGAGAGAGUCUGUGUUCACCUACUACAAGGUCAACACUCACCCGGGAUGCACUGACAGAACAGCACAGAACUUCAGGCUACGAGGCAGUACCACUGUACUCUGGCACCAAGACUCGUGAGCAAGUGGCGCACGUGUGUGGUUCCUGCUGGCUCAUCUUUGGACACUGCUGUCAUGACGAGAGUAGGACCAGCUCGGCUAAUGCAACCCUCUGGCUCUGGGUAGCGUCAACAGCAGCCUGACCGCCCACAUGUACUCCGAGGGCCCGGAGUCCUGGCCCAGACGCUGCCCCAAGGGCUACAGUCAGUUCACCACGGAGAUCAUGCCUGGGGACGGCUGUGAGGUCAACCACUGCGUCCAGGCCGGCGCUCUGUCCAACCUGAAGCUUCCAGCUCUCAAACGGCCGCCGUUCCUUCAUGCCCCGACUGGAACCCCCGCCACCCAGAACGUGUUCGCGUUUGACCCAUCGCAGAAUCUGUGGCUCAAGAACGGAGAAGCUAUGGCCAAAAACAAAAGUCAGCGCCCCCAAUUGGCUCAGGGGAGGUUCUGGGCCCCGCCCCCUAGACGUCACGACUCGCAGAAGAAGGAGGUGGAGUUUGUGUACGUCCAAGAGGGGGCAAGCCCCGCCCACAAGAAGGAGGGGGGCGGAGUUAAGGGGGCUGAGGACAACACGAUGCUGUUGUUGAAUAUCGUGGUGCUGGUGGUGCUAAUCGUUGUCCUGUCCUUGGCGCUCAUCGUCGUCCUCGUUAAGCAGAGGCGCGGGGGCAAAGGUCAAGUGAGCAAGUACCAGAAGCUUUCGCCGGGGUCAGAAGGUCACGAGAACCACGUCACCCUCUCUGAGAUCUCCGUGGACGGGAAGCGGAAGGUGUGAGGUGUAGCAAGGGGUGUAACUCUGCCCAAACUGGUGGUUUUGUUCUCUAAAUCUUUCGCCAGUUCAAGAAAUUAUUUGUGGUCUUGAUUCAACGUCUAAUAACUGGUGGUUUUGUAUAAAUCUUUGGCUAGUUCAAGAAAUUCUAUGUGGUCUUGAUUUAAUGUCUAACUGGUGGCUUUGUUUUUAUAAAUCUUUGGUUAUUUCAAGAAAUUCAAUGUGUGUUGACCCAAAGUCUGACUGGUGUUGUAUUGUUUGUCAAUGUUGUUUAUGUUCGUGUUGAUUGCGUUUCUCUACAGUUUGUUUAUCUGCAAUAUCGGUUGCAAUGUGCUCAAGAAAUCAGUUGUCGAAAUCAAAUCUUAAAUGUUUAACAGAGAAAAAGCAAAGAAAAGAUUGGUUAUUUAAAGAAUGAAAUAGUUUUUUUCUCUCUCUCGGAAUAUUUUAAAGACCUUGUCGACGAUAAUAUAUUUCGAUGACAGUUUUUGGAUAAUAGUUGAACAGAUAACAUAAUAUUAUAGUUCUUAAAGUAAGAGUUGUUUGAUUAUUAAAAGACAUUGUACUGACCAGUCAUGUUACUGUGUUGUUUGAACAUUUAAAAAUAGGAUUUGAAGAUCGCGCUUCUGGUUUCCUAAAGGCUUCGACUUGACAGGCCGGGAGAAAGGAAGGAGCUGCAUGAAGCACAUAUUAAAAACCCCCAACAAA